UCUAGAAUCGUCGUCAAAUUCUGCAACGAAAAGACACCUCUUGCCGAUUGCGAUUUUUAAGAUUUCUGUGUGUGUUUCUGUGAGAGACGCUGAGAAUGGUGGUGCUUGAGCCGAUUCCUUCGACUGAUGACGAACCAAAAAGGUCAAAAUCAACCACCGUUGCCGCCGGCAGCGUAGAUUCAAGCAGUGGCGAUCAAGCAAACGCCGCCGGAGUAGAUAUGAAAAGUGACGACAGAGUAACCGGCGACGGAUACGCAUCCGAUGGUUUCGAAACCGCAAGCGAGACCGAAGUUGGCGAUGAUGAGACUGUAUCUGAUGAUAAUAACAAUUCAAAUGACUCCAUUGAACAUCAACAACACCAUCCGGAAGAGCUGUCUGUGGCGUCAAAGGAUCAGUGCUUUGAAGAUACGCUCGACGAAGACGAACUCAAGCAGAAACUUUUAGCAGAAAUGAAUGAGGCAAAAGUUGAAGGCAACAAGUUAUUUGGAGAUGGUUUGUAUGAAGAGGCUUUAUUGAAGUAUGAUUAUGCCAUACAACUUGCACCUGAAAUCUCCUCACUUUCAGAAAUUAGGUCAAUUUGUCACAACAAUCGUGCAACAUGUUUCUUUAAACUUGGGAAGUAUGAGGAGUCCAUAAAAGAGUGCACAAAAGCAUUGGAACUAAACCCUAAUUACAUGAAAGCUCUUCUUAGAAAAGCAGAAGCCCAUGAGAAGCUUGAAAAUUAUGAAGAUGCUAUUGCUGGGAUGAAGAAAAUCUUGGAAUUAGAUCCUUCAAAUAAGCAAGCUAAGAGGACAAUUAUCCGUUUAGAACCAUUGGCUGUAGAAAAACGUGAAAAGAUGAAGGAAGAGAUGCUUGGGAAGUUGAAAGAUAUGGGGAACACAAUUUUAGGGAAAUUUGGGAUGAGUGUGGAUAAUUUUAAAGCGGUAAAAGAUCCAAAUACCGGCUCUUAUUCCAUCUCAUUUCAGCGUUGAAGACAGACUGACUGACAGAGACACAGACAGAUAGAUGUGUCAUUUGAAGGAACAUAAACAUAAUAGUUGUGCAUGUGGAUACAUACCCCUACUCCCUAUACACUAUCUUUUUUGGUAUUAAGAUGGAAGCGUAUGAUAUAAUAAACAAUGGUCAUAUAUUUUUUAAUUUUCAUUUGGUUCUUAUCAAUUUCGGACAUGUGUUUGG